AUGUCUGCAGAAGAAGCUAAAUUGGAUCAGCUUUCGCUCAAGGAAAACGAAGCUGCCGCUCCGGCCGAAGUCAUCUUGGGAGAGGACGGCCAGCCAUUGUCGAAGAAAGCCUUGAAGAAAUUGGAGAAGGAGAAGGAAAAGGCCAAGAAGAAGGCCGAAAGAGAGGCCCAAUUGGCCAAGGAGAAGGCUGAGAGAGAGGCCCAGGCUGCUAAUGAUCCAGCUAAGGAGAACUACGGUAAGUUGCCAUUGAUCGUGUCUGACCACAAGACUGGUAUCAAGAGAAUCAACAUUGCCGACUUAUCUGCUGCCAACGACGGCGAGGAGGUUGUGUUCAGAGCUCGUGCCCAUAACUCCAGACAGCAGGGUGCCACUAUGGCUUUCUUGACCUUCAGACAGCAGCAGAACUUGAUCCAGGGUCUCAUCAAGGCUGAUGGCACCACUGUUUCCAAGCAGAUGGUCAAAUGGGCUGGCUCUAUCAACUUGGAGUCCAUUGUGUUGGUACAUGGUAUCGUCAAGAAGGUUGAUGAACUCAUCAAGUCAGCUACCGUCCAGGAUGCCGAGAUUCACGUCACCAAGAUCUACACCAUCCAGGAGACUCCAGAGCAGUUGCCAAUGUUGCUUGAGGAUGCUUCCAGAUCUGAUGCUGAUGCUGAGGCUGCUGGUUUGCCAGUUGUCAACUUGGAUACCAGAUUGGAUGCCCGUGUCAUUGACUUGAGAACUCCAACCAACCAAGCUAUCUUCAAGAUCCAGCACGGCAUCUGUGCCUUAUUCAGAGAGUUCUUGUCCAACAAGGGUUUCACUGAGAUUCAUACUCCAAAGAUUCUUGGUUCCGCUUCCGAGGGUGGUUCCAACGUGUUUGAGGUGUCUUACUUCAAGAGAUCCGCCUUCUUGGCCCAAUCUCCUCAAUUCUACAAGCAACAGUUGAUUGCUGCCGACUUCGAAAAGGUCUUCGAGGUUGCCCCAGUUUUCAGAGCCGAGAACUCCAACACUCAUCGUCACAUGACUGAGUUUGUUGGUUUGGACUUGGAGAUGGCCUUUGAGGAGCACUAUGACGAGGUCAUGGAAGUGUUGCAGGACUUGUUCAUCUUCAUCUUCACCGAGUUGAAGUCUAGAUACGGUAAGGAAAUCGCUACUGUUAGAAAGCAGUACCCUGUCGAAGAGUUCAAGUUGCCAGCUGACGGAAAGAUGGUCAGAUUGCACUUCAAGGAGGGUAUUGCCAUGUUGAGAGCUGCUGGUAAGGAUGUGGAUGACUUUGAGGACUUGUCCACCGAGAACGAGAAGCUCUUGGGUAAGUUGGUCAGAGACAAGUACGACACCGACUUCUACAUCUUGGACAAGUUCCCAUUGGCCGUCAGACCAUUCUACACCAUGCCAGACCCAGAGGACCCAAGAUACUCCAACUCUUAUGAUUUCUUUAUGAGAGGUGAGGAGAUCUUGUCCGGAGCCCAACGUAUCCACGACCCAGAGUUGUUGAAGGAAAGAAUGACCGCCCACGAGGUUGACUACACUAUGGACGGUGUGAACGACUACGUCGAGGCCUUCACGUACGGAUGUGCUCCACAUGCCGGUGGAGGUAUCGGUUUAGAGAGAGUGUUGAUGUUCUUCUUGGACUUGAAGAACAUUCGUCGUGCAUCUCUCUUCCCAAGAGACCCCAAGAGAUUGAGACCAUAG